AUGAUAACGCGCAUUCCCUCACUACCCACCAUCUUCUCCAAAAGCCAAUAUGGCCUCUACCUCUGCUCAAAACAGAGCAAAACAACCAAACCACUCUGUUUUCAUUCUCUUCUUCUUCUUCUUCCUCCUCCUCCUCUGUUUCAGCUCAACCCAUGUUUUAGCCCAAACACAGGCUGUUUUCGCCUGCGACGUGUCGAAAAACCCAUCGUUGGCUAACCUGACUUUCUGCGAUCCAACGGUGGCUGUGGCAGCGAGGGUGGAUGACCUGGUGAAGAGGCUGACAUUGCAAGAGAAAAUUGGGUUCUUGAUUAGUGGUGCUGCGAGUGUGAGUAGGCUAGGAAUACCAAAGUAUGAGUGGUGGUCUGAGGCUUUGCAUGGAGUCUCGUAUGUCGGUCCGGGGACUCAUUUUUCUAGUUUAGUCCCUGGUGCUACCAGCUUCCCUCAGGUUAUCCUCACUGCGGCUUCUUUCAAUGUCACUCUGUUUCAAGCCAUUGGAAAGGCCGUCUCAACAGAAGCCAGAGCAAUGUACAAUGUGGGUUUAGCAGGGUUGACAUUUUGGUCACCUAAUAUCAACAUAGUCCGGGACCCUAGAUGGGGACGAGCGCAAGAAACUCCGGGAGAAGACCCUCUUCUGACUAGCAAAUAUGGGUCGGCAUAUGUCAGAGGUUUACAACAAAGGGAUGAUGGCGAUAAAGACCGCCUCAAGGUCGCUGCCUGCUGCAAACACUACACAGCAUACGAUCUCGAUAAUUGGAAAAACUUUGAUCGCUUACAUUUCAACGCGAUUGUGACACAGCAAGAUAUGGAUGACACAUUUCAGCCCCCAUUCAAGAGCUGUGUUCUUGAUGGGAAUGUUGCAAGUGUCAUGUGUUCCUACAACCAAGUCAAUGGCAAGCCAACUUGUGCCGAUCCAGACCUCCUCAAAGGGGUGGUUCGCGGCCAAUGGAAACUAAAUGGAUACAUUGUUUCGGAUUGUGAUUCUGUUGAUACGUUUUAUAAUUCACAACAUUACACCAAGACACCUGAGGAGGCCGCAGCCAAGGCUUUAUUGGCAGGGCUGGACCUCAAUUGUGGAUCUUUCAUGGCCAAACACACUGAAGCUGCAGUGAAAGCAGGGCUAGUGAAUGAGUCUGCCGUUGACAAUGCUGUCUCAAACAAUUUUGCAACACUAAUGAGACUUGGCUUCUUUGAUGGUGAUCCAAGCAAGCAACUCUAUGGGCAGCUUGGCCCAAAAGACGUGUGCACGCCGGAGAACCAGGAGAUGGCCCGCGAGGCAGCGAGGCAGGGUAUCGUGCUGCUUAAGAACACUGCCGGAUCACUUCCCCUAUCCCCCACUGCCAUCAAGUCGUUGGCGGUUAUUGGACCCAAUGGCAAUGUAACAAAAACCAUGAUUGGCAACUAUGAAGGCACACCCUGCAAGUACACAACUCCACUGCAAGGCCUCACAGCAUCAGUUGCAACCACCUAUCUCCCUGGCUGUGCCAAUGUGGGAUGUGGCACUGCCCAAGUAGAUGAUGCUAAGAAACUAGCAGCCUCGGCAGAUGCUGUUGUGCUAGUAAUGGGCGCUGAUCAAUCUAUCGAAGCAGAGGGCCACGAUAGGAUCGAUCUCACUCUUCCAGGACAGCAGCAACUGCUAAUAACAGAAGUCGCAAAGGUGUCUAAGGGACCAGUAAUUCUUGUCAUAAUGUCGGGAGGGGGCUUUGACAUACAAUUUGCAAAAGAUGAUCCUAAAAUAACGAGCAUCAUGUGGGUCGGUUACCCUGGCGAAGCUGGUGGUGCCGCCAUGGCAGAUAUUAUUUUUGGGUAUUUCAAUCCAAGUGGAAGACUACCCUUGUCAUGGUAUCCACAGUCCUAUGCAGCCAAAGUCCCAAUGAACAACAUGAAGAUGAGACCGGACCCUGCCACUGGCUACCCUGGCAGAACCUAUCGGUUUUACACCGGUCCAACUGUCUAUACAUUUGGGGAUGGACUAAGCUACACCGCGUUCAAUCAUCACCUAGUUCAAGCCCCUACCCAAGUCUCAAUCCCCUUACAAGAGACUCACGUUUGUCGAUCAUCAAGUUGCAAGUCCAUCGAUGCUGUUGAGCAGAGUUGUCAAAACCUAGCUUUCGACAUCCACUUGAGGGUUAAAAAUGCAGGGAAAACAAGUGGAAGCGAAACAGUGUUCUUGUUUUCUAGCCCCCCUUCUGUACAUAAUUCUCCUCAGAAGCACUUGUUGGGAUUUGAGAAGGUCUUCUUGACACCACAAUCAGAAGGAUUGGUUCGGUUUAGGAUUGAUGUUUGCAAGGAUUUGAGUUUGGUUGAUGAGGUUGGAAGCCGAAAAGUUGCCAUGGGACUACAUGUACUCCAUGUGGGUAGCUUGAAACACAACUUGAAUUUGAGGAUUUGAAUUUAGCCUUUCUUGAUUCUUCAAAGAAAGAAAAAAGGAAGGCAAGUCAAGAUUGAAAUCAAUUAAGCUGCAAAUAAACAGAAGAACUGUAACAAAUUUAUCAUUAUUCUUCUUCAUAUUGGCAAUUGUUCAAAGUCAAGAUUUAUAAAUCCAAAGGAAGCUCAUGUUUCGACAA